AUGCCUACCGCUGUGGCUCACCAUCAUAGGCCGACCACAAAGGUCACAAACAAGGCUUUCAAGUCACGGGCUGCCUCCAAACAUGAGUUGAGGGACCGCGCAAAGGGCCGAGUUUCCGACGACAAGGGAAACCGAAAAACUCCCCAUCAACAAGUCAUGUCCAAAUUCGACCGACGCAACCAGGCCAAGCAGGCUCGUUUGAACAAGCACAAGGAACAUGUCAAAGAAACUUCAGUCUUCGCUGGAAAGGAUGGCGCUCCUCGACAUGUCGCUUUGAUCCCUCUUUGCGCUGGUACUGACCUCGACUCCACCAUCAAGCAACUGAACAACAGUGUCGAUAUCGAAGACAACACCGAUGGCGGCAACUACCGAGUGUCUGUCGACCGAUUCAAGCAAAAGCUACAGUACAUCCCUAUCGAGCGAGACCUUAACGCCUGUCUUGAUGCCGCCCGUGUGGCCGAUUUCGUUAUUGUCGUCCUUUCCGCCAGUGUUGAGGUUGACGAGUUGGGCGAGUUGAUCCUGCGCAGUGUCGAGAGCCAGGGUAUGUCCACUCUCUUCACUGUCGUCGAGGGUCUUGACAAGGUCGAGCCUGCGAAGCAGCGACAGAGUGUUUUGGGUUCGCUCAAGUCGUUCAUCACCCACUUCCACCCCGAGCAGGAGAAACUCUACAGCAUCGAGAACCGACAGGAAUGCGCCAACCUUAUGCGAUCGCUGUGCAGCACAACACCCAAGGGCAUCCGAUGGAGAGAUGACAGGAGCUGGAUGCUUGCUGAGGAUAUCAAGUUCGCCUACUCCGAGUCCGAGCCUACAAUCGUUACUGGUAUCGUUCGUGGCAAGGGUCUCAAGGCCGACCGUCUUAUUCAAGUUGGCGAUUGGGGUACUUUCCAGAUCGAGAAGAUCGAGGCUGCCCCUCUGCCCAAGCAGAUCAAGAAGAAGGGCGAGGAAAUGACCGUCGACCCUGAAGACACUGGCAAGGUUUUGGACGAGCCUACAGCGGACCGCGACGAUUUGGUGGAGCUGGCCCCCGAGGAGGUCAUGAUGGACGAUGACGAUGUUAUGGAGGCCGACACCACCGAGCAGAAGGGAGUUCUUCUUGAUGACCACCACUACUUUUCAGAUGAGGAGGCCGAGGCUAGAAAGGUUAAGAAGCGAGUGCCCAAGGGUACAUCCGAUUACCAGGCAGCCUGGUACUUGGAGGACGUCUCUGACGACGAGUCUGAUAUGGAAGACUACGUGAUGAAGGAUGAGGCUGCCGAGCAAGAAGCCCGUCCUGAGGAUGGUCUUGAGGGUUGCGCCCCGGCGCCCGCUACGGAGGGUGCUCCUUCAGAAUACCCCCAGUCUGAAAUGAUGCAGGAGCCAGAUGAGGAGGAAGACGCUAAGCAGCUUGCCCAAUACCGUGCAGGCAAGCGAUCAGAAGAGGAGGAUGAUAUGGAGUUCCCUGAUGAGGUUGAGAUGCACCCUCAUGUGCUAGCUCGCGAGCGUUUGGCCCGUUACCGUGGUCUCAAGAGUCUGCGAACCAGUGUGUGGCAGGAGGCUGAGGAUCGUGCCCACGAGCCCGAGGAGUGGCGACGUCUUCUCCAAGUUCCCAACUACCAGUCCUCCAAGUCACAGGUUACAAGAGAGGCUUUGGUGGGUGGUGUUGAGCCCGGAACCCGCGUUCAGGUUUACAUCAAGGGUAUCUCUCCUAUCCAGGAGAAGACCUACGACCCCAAGAAGCCCUUGACACUCUUCUCUCUCCUGCGACACGAGAACAAGAAGACCGCUGUCAACUACCUCUUCAACCUCAGCUCCGACUUCACCAAGUCUAUCAAGGCUAAGGAGGAGCUCAUUGUCCAGUGCGGACCUCGCCGUAUGAUCAUCAAGCCCCUAUACUCCCAGCCUGGACAAACACCAAACGAUGUCCACAAGUACUGCCGAUACAUCCACCCUGGACAAUCAGCCAUCGCAACCUUCAUGGGUCCUCUCACAUGGGGCGCCGUUCCCGUGCUAUUCUUCAAGCGAACCACCGCCGAGGAAGUCGAGAAGAACGAGGAGGAGGACGGUCCCCACAUUGGCAUGUCUCUUAUCGGUACAGGAACUGCCAUUCCACCCUCAACAUCUCGCGUCAUCGCCAAGCGCAUUAUCCUUACUGGCCACCCUUACCACAUCCACAAGAAGAUUGUAACCAUCCGAUACAUGUUCUUCAACAGAGCGGAUGUCGAGUGGUUCAAGGCUCUACCACUGUGGACCAAGCGUGGUCGCAGUGGUUUCAUCAAGGAGCCUCUUGGUACACACGGUUACUUCAAGGCUACAUUCGAUGGACGUAUCAACCCUCAAGACUCUAUCGGUGUCAGUUUGUACAAGCGGGUGUGGCCACGAAAUGCUGUUCCUGUGGAGGGAAACCUAUUGGAUGUUGCUACUAGCAAUGUGCAGGCGGACGGCGAUAUGAUGAUGGAUGACCAGGCAUAG